AAAAACGCAGCGAUAUAAAAGGAAGCCAUCGGAAAAGGUUUCCAAUAGUUGACUAAAAACAACGACAACAUGAAGUAUACCAUUCUUAUUUUGGCUCUGGGCCUGCUCUGCGUAAAUGCAUUCGUGAAGCCUGUUCCCAUCGCGCUGGACGCCUCGCCAGAACUGGACGAUGUGACCGAUGGCAGCCUGGAGGUGGAGGACUUCAGCUUGCGGAGUACGACCUACAAAUCCCUGAAGAUCGCGCUGCGCAGCAUCAAGGGACUCAACUGCAUCCUCAAGUGGGUGGCGGGCAUCGAGGACAGUGCCACGCAGUUCAACACGGACGUGGUCGUGUGCGGCGUCAGCGCCAGCAAGGAUGUGACCAACCUGAUCAACGCCAACAAGAAGAUCCUCAGCACCUGCAACGACCUCAUCAAUCUCAGGUCGAACACUUGCCCCCAGACGGACGACGAGCAGGCCAAGGUCACCGGCAGCUGCUUUGUGAAGACCCUGCGCAAGGUGUGGUCCCUGAAGAAGCAAGUGGACAAUGCCAUCAAUCUGGCCAAGAAGAUCCCCCAGACCGGUCCCAAUGCCGUCGCCUGUGUCUCCGAUGCAGUCAACACCCUGACCACCUACUACACCGCCUUUCCCCAGAACAUCAUCAGCUGCUCCCAGCUGACUUCUUAGGGGCCCAGUGACCACCAUCGAUUCGAGCAUUCAAUAAAAAUCAGUGUUAACACAA